AUGUAUUCUCUGAUACUCCAUGGAAGAAGGUUUAGUGAGUUGCAGAAAUGGCGUAAUCUGAGAUUUGCAGUGAACCCUUUACAAAAUGCGUCUUAUUUUUCCAAUUCCUUCUCCUCUGCAAGUGGUUCUUAUGUAAGCCCUAAAGAUGGUCAAAAAGGGAAGAACUUUACAGUCUCUGACCUCGUUGAUUCACUGGGUUUAACCACAAAACUCGCAGAAUCGAUCUCAAGGAAAGUCAAAUUCGAGGGCAAGGGCAAUCCAGAUUCCGUUCUGAGUCUUCUUAGGAGUCAUGGAUUCACAGAUUCUCAAAUCUCCAGCAUCAUUACGACUUACCCAGGAUUGCUUAUAGUAGAUGCUGAGAGAUCACUUGGUCCCAAGCUUCAGUUUCUGCAGUCUAGAGAAGGAGCCUCAAGCUCUGAUCUCACUGAGAUUCUUUCGAAAGUUCCGAAAAUCUUGGGAAUGAGGUGGGAAAAAGCUAUAAGCGUAUACUAUGAUUUCGUCAAAGAGAUUAUAAAAGCGGAUAAGAGUUCCAAUUUCCAAAAGUUAUGUCAUUCUUUGCCCGAAGAGGGUAGUAAGCAGGAGAACAAAAUGAGAAAUGUAUUGGUAUUGAGAGAAUUAGGUGUCCCUCAAAAGAGGUUGUUACACUUGCUCAUCUCCAAUUACCAACCUGUCUGUGGAAAAGAAAAAUUUGAAGCAUCCCUCAAGAAGGUUGUUGAGAUGGGUUUUGAUCCAACCACCUCAAAGUUUGUCCUAGCUCUGCGUGCUGUUUACUCAUUGAAGAACGAAACAGUAGAAGAAAGAGUCGAUUUCUAUAAAAGGUUAGGCUUCACUGUGGGUGAUGUAUGGAAAAUGUUCAAGAAGAACCCUUUCUUUCUGAAUUUCUCGGAGAAGAAGAUAACUCAGACGUAUGAAACCCUGAAGAAGUGUGGACUACUCGAAGACGAGAUCCUCUCACUACUGAAGAAGUGUCCGCAACGCUUUGGUGCUUCAGAGCAGAAAAUAGACAAUGCCAUCGAAACAUUUCUAGGCCUAGGAUUCAGUAGAGAUGAGUUUGCAAUGAUGGUCAAGCGCUAUCCUGAGUGCAUUGGCUUUUCUGCAGAGACAGUGAAGAAGAAGUAUGAGUUUCUGGUGAGGAAGAUGAACUGGCCACUCAAGGAUUUGGUUUCAAGCCCUUCGGUAUUUGGAUACAGCCUGGAGAAGAGAAGUGUCCCAAGGUGUAACUUAAUCAAAGCCCUCAUGUCGAAAAGAUUGCUUGGAAGUAAACUUCCUCCACUGUCGCAUGUGCUUGCAAUUACUGAUGAAGCCUUCUUAAACAAGUAUGUCAAGAUACAUGAUGACAAGGAGCUUGUGGCUGAGCUUAUGGCUAUCUUCACCAGAGGUCACGUUUCAUAG